UCAGGCAGAGCAGCAGAGCUGUCCACUCUGCACGGUUACAGCCCAGAGAUGGCAUCUGGGAAGAGGGUACCUCUCUGGCUGGCAUGCAUCGGGGCUCUGGUGACCCUGAGCCAUGGCGCUCCAAGGUUGCUGAUGAUUGCGCCCAGCGUGGUGACGGUGGGGGUGGAGGUGCCGGUAGCCCUUCAGGUUGAAGAUGCCCCUCCAGACGGGCUGUCAGGAUCCGUUUAUUUCCAGAAUGAGAAUACCAGGAUAAAAUGUUCCCAUGAUGUGCCCUUCAGGGUCGGGCCCGAAAUACAGAAAGUGACCUUGAAGGUGACCCCCGAACUGUUUACGCAAUGCGGCUUGACUCGCCUUCGACGGGAAGGCUACAUCCAGCUCGUGGCCCGCAGCCCUCAGCUCCCAAACGGGGUUCAAAACCUUAACCUGCGGUGGACUGCCCGGAAAGGAUACCUGCUUCUGCAGACCGACAAGCCAAUCUACACCCCUCGGCAAAAGGUGAAUUUCCGAGUUUUUGUCCUGGAUCACAAACUGAGGCCAACUUCCGAAUCCGUGGUUGUCACUGUGCAGAACCCGCGGGGUAUGCAGGUGCGGAAAGUCGAGCGUAUGCCGGUCCAGUUUGUGAUAAAUGAUCACCUGUCAAUCCCCGAUAUCUCUGAGGCUGGCAUUUGGCGAAUCACGGCCCAUUUCACCACCACUCCAGGUUACAACACGACCACUGAGUUCGAGGUGAAAAAAUACGUGCUGCCUCAUUUUGAGGUGACGAUCGUCCCGGAACGGAAAUAUAUCCUGACCUCACCCCAGCAGAACUCCGACUUGAGUAUUGACCUGCAGGCUAAAUUUUUUUAUGGGAAAGGAGUGACUGCCACGGCCUACGUGCGUUUCGGAGUGUCAGAUGGAGACGGGGGCAAAAUGUAUGUCCCAGGACUGGAGCAACAUGUCACGGUAACGGAUGGUCAUGGCUCACUUAUCCUAAAACGCAGCCUCCUCUCUGAGAAACUGGGGCGUCCGCUGACGAGCCUAGUUGGGACGACACUCUACAUCGCAGCCACUGUGAUAGAAAAAGCAAGUGGCGAGCUGGAGGAGCAAGAGCUGGCCUCAGUGAAAUUUGUAGAAUCUCCAUAUUCGGUCGACCUAUCCAAAACCCAGCACCAUUUUGUGCCCGGGGCCCCCUUCGACGUAAUGGCUACUAUUUCACUCCCAGAUGGCACCCCUGCCCCCCGCCUCCCGGUUCACAUCUCAACCCAGAUAGCGGGAGGCUCAUCGCCAGCUGAUGCCCAAAUAGAAAGCAACAAUCGUGGAAUUAUGACGCACAGAUUCAACGUUCCCGCUGGUGCCACCUCAAUCACUAUGCUGCUAAGAGCCGGAACAGAGUCUCCAGCAGAAGUCACCUUCACUGCCAAACGCAUGGACUCCCCAAAAGGAAACUACUUGAUCAUCACAAGCCCCAAAUAUCAAGACCUGAACCCUGGAGAGACCCUUACAUUAGGGCUGAAAAGCGUUGGAUCGACUGCCUUCUCCCGAUUCUAUUACAUGGUGCUGAACAAGGGGGACAUUGUAUCUGUCAACAGCGUGGCCCGAGGCUCCUACACUGCCGUUUCCAUUCCCAUCACCCCCAGCCUGAUGCCCACGUUUCGAUUUGUGGCCUUUUACCGCCUCGGGGACGACGUCGUGGCCAACUCCAUCUGGGUGGAUGUCGUCGACAGCUGUGAGGGGAAGCUGGUACUCCGGACGUCAAGUACUGAUCUGCAGCCUCAGGAAUCCCUGACCUUCACCAUAGCCACCGAUGAUAGAGCCUUCGUAUCUCUGGCUGCCACCGAUUCGGCUGUUUACGCCCUCAACCGGAAGAAUCGCCUCACACAAGACAAGGUCUUCCAGGCCAUGGGAAGCUAUGACCUGGGCUGCACGGCCGGCAGUGGGCAAAACACCCUCAGCGUUUUUGGGGAUGCUGGGCUCUCCAUUCGGGUUGGCCAGCUGAUGAGCCCCCUCCGGAAAGCACAUGGAUGCAGUGCCGAUGCUUCCCGGAAGAAGCGUUCACUGGACUUCCACAAAGAGCUCCAGAAGAAGCUUUCCAAGUACCAAACCCCAGAGCUUCGGCGGUGUUGCCAGGGGGGCAUGGUUCUGCUGCGCCAAAAGCUGACGUGCGAGGACCGUGCCAAGCGGAUCCAGGGCCCAGGCUCCCAGCAAUGCCGCCAAGCCUUCCUUGAUUGCUGCAAAGUUGCUGCUGGCCUACGACGCAAAUCCUGGGGAGCCCACAGCCUUGGACGGACGCAAGCCCAGGAGCUGGAAGACGACAUAUUCGACGAGAGGUUCAUUCAAAUGCGGAGCGUCUUCCCCGAGAGCUGGCUCUGGAAAUCGUAUGAUGUGGAGCGAACCUUCACGACAAGCGUGAUUCUCCCCGAUUCCAUCACUACCUGGGAGAUCCAGGCUGUUAGCAUGUCUCGUGCAAAUGGCAUCUGCGUCUCAGAACCCAUUCGGGUCAGAGUCUUCCAGGACUUCCACAUCUCUCUCAGGUUGCCCUACUCAGUGAAGCAGUUUGAACAGAUCGAGCUUCAGCCGGUUCUCUACAACUACCAGCCUGAGCCCAUCAGCGUAUCAGUAUACCUGGAGCCCCAAGACGGCCUCUGCUCUCCUGCCACUGUAGGCCCAGCACGGAAGCAGCAGGUGGAGGUGCCCGGGAACUCUGCGGUCCCCAUCCCCUUCGUGUUGGUUCCCAUGGGAGCGGCUGACAUCCCCAUCACGGUCGUCGCCUAUGGUGGCUUCGGGGUAGGGGACAAAGUCUCCAAGAAACUGAAGGUCGAGAAAGAGGGUGCCCUUCAGGUGGAGGAAUAUUCCAUUUCCCUGGAUAGUAAAGAUGGGCGCAGCAGAACGGUGGAGAUUUCAGGCGAGAUCCCCUCCAACGCCAUUCCCGGCAGCGACUUCAAGAUGAGCGUCCGUUUGACAGGCUCAGUGCCUGCUGAUGUCCUCCAGAGUUCCCUGACCCCGGACGGCCUCUCGUCUCUCCUGAGGGUCCCCCAGGGAUGCGGGGAGCAAACCAUGAUCAUGCUGGCCCCCGGAGUCUAUGCCAUGCAGUACCUGGACAAGACAGAGCAGUGGCUGCACCUGAAACCAGAGAGCAAGGAAAACGCGCUGGAAAACCUCCGUUCAGGCUAUGAGCGGAUCCUCACUUUCCGGAAGCCAGAUGGGUCCUACGGAGCUUGGAUCACCCACCCCAGCAGUAUCUGGUUGACAGCUUUCGUGACAAAGGUUUUGACUCUGAGCCGCGAGUACCAAGAGGUGGAUGAGGCCAAGAUCCGUGAGACGGUGCAGUGGCUGCUGAGUAAGCAGAAGUCAGAUGGUUCCUUCGAAGACCCAAAUCCAGUCUAUCACCGGGAGAUGCAGGGUGGCGUUGGCGGCCUUCAUGGAGGCAUCUCUCUUACGGCGUUCAUCACCAUUGCGCUUCAGGAGGCCUUGGCUGUGUAUAAAGAGGAGGAGUCGGAUCCAGAGCAGCAAAGAGCGAAGCAGGAACAGCUGAGUCAACUGAGACACGGCCUGGCUCGGGCGACUGCCUUCCUUUCCCGCAAGCUGGAGGAUCAAUCCCUGGGCCCGUACCCUGUCGCCAUCACCAGCUACGCCCUGUCGAUCGCUUCCGACGACAAGUCAGCCAUUGCGAGUUCCGGCAUCCGCCUGAAGAGUCUCGCUACAGAGGACACAAACAACACCAUGAUGUUCUGGGCAGUGGAGGAGAAGGACCGGCUGCAGAAUGAGAAGAAAGCUGACCGGGUGCCUCCCGCUUCAGCCAUCUCGGUGGAGGCCACAGCGUACGGGCUCCUCUACCUGUUGCAGAAAAACGACAUUGCAUCAGCAGGCAAGGUGUCUCGGUGGCUGACGGAGCAGAGGAACUAUGGGGGAGGCUUCAAAUCGACACAGGACACAGUGGUGGCUCUAGAAGCUCUGUCCCGCUAUUGGAUCAGCUCCUUCAACGAGGAGGACAACGAGCUGAAAGUGACCCUCAAGAUCCCCGGGAAAAGCUUGCCGAGGUCCUUUUCCUUUGGGAGGUCGAACGAUCCGAUCCAGGAAGAACUUCAGUUUCCCAUGGGAAGUAGCAUCAAUCUGAAAGUGGAAGGGAAGGGGAAAGGGACUCUAACCGUCCUGAAGCAAUACCACGUCUUGGCUGUGCAAAACACUUCGUGCCAGACUCUCGGGCUGCAGGUGGACGUGAGCGGUUCUUUUCAGCGUGCACCCGACACAUUAGACUACUACUACGAAUAUGAAGAUUACGGCCCAGAGGAGUCUGGGCCAGAAGCAGACCCUGCCGACCAGCCGUUGUCACCGAUCGAAGUGUUUGAUGCCCGCCGACGCCGCAGGAGGGAAGCCAAAGACCCUGGACAGGCACAGAAGGAUGUCACCUACAAUGUCUGCUUCUGGAGACAACCGGGGGCUCAUGUCUCCGGCAUGGUUAUCGUGGACAUCACCCUGCUGAGCGGCUUCCAUCCGGACGAGAACUACCUUGAGGAGCUGCGAACUCUCCCCGAUCAAUACAUCAGCCACUGGGAGAUCCAAGGACGGCGGCUGCUGCUCUACUUUGACUCGGUGCCAGGAUCCGGACGCGAAUGUGUAUCAUUUACAGCAAAGCAGCUGGUGCCUGUGGGGAAAAUCCAGCCAGUCAGUGCCACCAUCUAUGACUUUUAUGAACCAGACCACCGCUGCAGCAUCUUCUAUGGUGCCCCCAACAAGUCACAGUAUGUGUCGGCCUUGUGCUCCGAAGACGUCUGCCAAUGUGCCGAAGGUGCCUGUCCGCGUUUGAAGCGUACCCUCGGCGAGGCCAUUACGGAGCAAGCGCGCAUGGAGUUUGCAUGCUACAGUCCCCGUGUGCAUUACGGGUUCCGAGUUCGAGUGGAGCGCGAGAGCCAAGAAAGCGCCUUCCGCGUCUAUGAAGUUAUCAUCCUGGAGCCCUUGCAGUACAUCGCAGACAUCGGGAUCGCUGAGAACGAGAUCAGGCGCUUUGUGGUCCGUGGUGCCUGUCGGACCCGCUUGGUCACCGGCCAGGAGUAUCUGCUAAUGGGACGCGAUGGGGAAACCCGGGACGCCCAAGGACGCCCCCAGUACCUGAUGGAUAUGAAUACCUGGAUAGAAGAGCUGCCAAAGUCCCAGAGCUGCCGAGCCACACAGCACCGCAACACCUGCUCCCAGCUCCAGUCAUUCAUCACUUCCUUUGCUGUCAGCGGCUGCCGGGUCUAAGCCAGAGAAGGGGGGCUUUGCGUCUCCUGUGCUUCCCCCCCCACCCCCCAUUUAGAUGCACCAGAACUCUGGCCUCUUCAGCGGAGUCGCUUCCAAGUACGAUAUAUCAGCUCUGCUACAUUUGGGAAGGGGGCCUUGCUCACCCUGCUGAUGGGGGGGGGACCCCUGCGCCUGGCCUUUAAACGCUUUUAGCGAGAUUCUGGCUGCUAAUUUCUAGGGAGAACCCAGAGCCACUUAGAAAUAACAGGAAUAUGUGGCCAAAAUCUGCCUACAAUGUGUGUCUUUAAAAUCGGUGUCUGUUCCAUAGGAACAGGAAAAUGUAUGCCCAGAGCUCAUUUGAACAAAACAGGCAUUCUCGCCUGAAUUUAAAACGACAGUUUUUCUUUGCAUAACAUCAGCGGCGUUUACAAGUUCAAGCAGCAACUUCCAUCUGCGAAUGAAGACGAGGGGUGGUCGUUGGCCAAAUGAGAAGUACCGGCCUAGUCCUGUCCGAAAAGUUCGGCCAUUUAGCUUUUUUUAUUUUUGGUUUCGCCUGCAGCACCUUACAGCGUAUUUGCACUGUUUAAACAGCAAUUUUAUUCAUUAAAAAGAAAGCGUUGCUUCCUG